AUGGGUGAUGAGAGUAGGGACAAGGGUGAUGAGAGAAGGGAGAAGGGAGAUGAUAGUAGGGAGAUGGGUGAUGAGUGUAGGGAGAAGGAUGAUGAGAGUAGGGAGAAGGGUGAUGAGAGUAGGGAGAAGGGUGAUGAGAGUAGGGAGAAGGGUGAUGAGAGUAGGGAGAAGGGAGAUGAGAGUAGGGAGAAGGGUGAUGAGAUUAGGGAGAAGGGUGAUGAGAGUAGAGAGAAGUGUGAUGAGAGUAGGGAGACGGGUGAUGAGAGUAGGGAGAAGGGUGAUGAGAGUAGGGAGAAGGGUGAUGAGAGUAGGGAGAAGGGUGAUGAGAGUAGGGAAAAGGGUGAUGAGAGUAGGGAGAACGGAGAUGAGAGUAGGGAGAAGGGUGAUGAGAGUACGGAGAAGGGUGAUGAGAGUAGAGAGAAGGGUGAUGAGAGUAGGGAGAAGGGUGAUGAGAUUAGGGAGAAGGGUGAUGAGAGUAGGGAGAAGGGUGAUGAGAGUAGUGAAAAGGGUGAUGAGAGUAGGGAGAAGGGUGAUGAGAGUAGGGAGAAGGGAGAUGAGAGUAGGGAGAAGGGUGAUGAGAGUAGGGAGAAGGGUGAUGAGAGUAGGGAGAAGGGUGAUGAGAGUAGGGAGAAGGGUGAUGAGAAUAGGGAGAAGGGUGAUGAGAGUAGGGAGAAGGGAGAUGAGAGUAGGGAGAAGGGAGAUGAGAGUAGGGAGAAAGGGAGAAGGGAGAAGGGUGAUGAGAGUAGGGAGAAGGGUGAUGAGAGUAGGGAGAAGGGAGAUGAGCCUGCCGACAAAUGCUAA